GAAAAAAAACAGCGUCGCCGCCGCAUCCGCCAUGACCCCGCUUGAUGUGAUCGCCAAAGUCAUGGCGCUGUACGACACCGAGACUCCUGACGUGGACGCCAUCAUUGAGACCUUUUACCACCCCAACGCCGUCUUUUCGGAUCCUCUCGUCAAAGUCCACGGCCGCGACAACAUUGCCGCGCAAUUUCGCGUGUUGCCGUGCCUGUUCAGUUCCGCUAGUGCUUCCAUGAUCCGUGCAUCCGUCGCAGGCGUAAGCAUCCUCACCAUCGAUAGCAUCGUAUCAGGGCGGUUCCGUCCAUUUCCCAAGUACUUUGGAUGCUCGUUUCGUAUGUUUACCAUCCUGGAAGUCAAAGACCUCAAGAUUGUGUCGCACACAGACCACUGGGACUUGAAGUCGGUGCUGGAAAGCGUUCCCCUGUUCUCAACACUGUACCCCAAGGUGCGCUAUCUGCUCGGGUACUCCUCCACCAAAGUGAUCAACGUGUUGUCGCCGCGCGCGUUGCCGCCGUUGCCUGUGGAAUUAGAAGCGAAUCAGCUGGAAGAGUCCAAGGUGGACACAGUCUAACCUCAAUCAUCCCAAUCAAUCUCUGCAUAACCCAUACUACUAUCGUACUUCUGUACCAGC